AUGUUCGUAUUAAUUAAUUCUAAUGCAAAUAAUAUCAAAGUAUUGAGAUUAAUGUUAAUAUUAAUGUCUAAAGCAUUAACAUUAGUAUUAAUAAAUGCUAAUGCUGAUCCUAAUACGAUACUCCAAGAAUGGAAAACAGCAUCAGGUGGUCACGAUAGCAGUUGGUUAUAUGCAAUUGAUUUCUUGGAACGAAAAUCAUUAGAAUUUAAUGAUCUAUACAUAUACCGAGUACGUUAUUCAAUACCGACACGACGACAACCCAUACCAAGACAAACAGUUUCGAUUUAUUUUACAAUUGAUGUUUCAAAAGUAAAACCUAAAAAUACAACAGUACAAGUUUCAUUUGUAUUUGAAACAAUGAGAGUUGUUUAUCAUCCGGGAGAAUUUCGUUUUCGUCAAAAUUGGUUACAAGAUAUUAUUUUAUUAAAAGAAAAACUGAUCAAGGAUAUUGAGUUUUAA